UUGAAUUUUGGGGGCCCAAAACAUAUACAUUCGUCCUGGGCAAGUGUGCGUUUAGUCCGAGAAAAGCCUUAGUAGUAGUCAUUUAGAAUUAACAACCCAAAAAAGAAAAUGUCGACGAGUAAGAGUAAGCGUCGAGAAUGCAACAGUCCAGUUAGGGUUCUAGAUAAGCAAACAGAUGACCAGCAGGUGGAAGCUGUGGAGCCGAGCACAGCGGAUAACACCGUGCAACUAGAGUUUCUCCAGUUUCUCAAAUCGCUGGACGAGGUGUCUCACGAGGUGCACCACGGCGCCAACGACUGUGCCUCCAUUGAAGUCCAGUCCCUGCACAGCGACCUGGCCCUGUUGCCACAGCAGGGCAGUCUGACAGGUCCCAGCAAUUUGCUGGUUGUGCCCGCGCAUCCAGGUGCAAAGCUGCAGCUGGAAUCGCUGCUAAGUCACAAUUUUAUCCACAAGCUACAUCUGGCCGCCAGCAGUGCGCAGGUGACGUUUCUAUACUGGACGGCCGAUGGCCAGCAGCUACAGUUGGACUAUAUUGGACUGCAGGAGCAUUUGGCUGGUGCCCACAGUAUGUUUCGCAGCCGCAGCAUAUUGCAGUUCGUACGCCAGAUGGUGGACGUGGGCUUCGAGCGCGUGCUGCAGGAGAUCGAGGUGCUCGAGGACAGGCCUCAGUUGUACUAUCAGCACACGAACUUCAAGCAGGGCCAGCCCGAGCAGCUGCUGCUCAUGCCCACGCCGCAAUUCGAGCAACUGGUUCCGCAGAAGUUGGGCAAGGCAAGUGCCUCAAAGGGCCCCCUUGAGCUGGGCACGGGCAAGGAUCUGUGCUCCAGUUUUCAGAACUGCCACUCGCCGUUGCAACUAGCGCGUUGCCGUUUCCAGACCCUGCUGCACUACCACAACGAUGUGCGACUGCUUCAAGUGCGGGAACCGAAUGCCGAGCAACUCCUACCACGACGCGGACGCAUCAGCAGCAGUAGACAAUCGACGCAGUCGUCGUUGGUGCCCGCGCUGGCCAACAAGCACAUAAAUCCGCGAGACUCCGUGCUGCAUUUUGAGGCUGGCCAAGUGCCCGACUAUGCCGGAUUCUAUGGACGGGUGGAGCCGACGCUGAUCAACGAGUUCUUUGCGGAAUACUUGCCGCGCUAUGGCGCCAGGACCAGUGGCUACAAGGACAUUGUUGUGGAUGCCAGCAAGGCGAAUGCGUUUCAACAGAAUCUGCCCAUUGGCAUAGUGUACUCAGAGGAUGAGGAUGAUCUCGGAGAUCAGGACAGCCACGAGGUGACUAACAUAGCCCCUGCGGGGAAACACGACGAUGCGCUGGCGGGCGACGGCUUCAAUCCGCCGCCAGAGGACAUUGAACUCGAGCAGGUCAUGCAGGAGUUGUGCGGCGUCGGCCCCGAUGUAGAGGAGGACUCUGAAAAGAAAGAACCGACGCCGCUCAAGCCAAAGCUCAAGAGAAAGAAAUUGGUAAGAAAAUGUGCAAUUACGGAUACUGAUUUGCAGCCGGAAUCACCCCAUGACGACCACGGCGAGGAUUUGCUGCAGGCAGCUGCCGCAGCCGCCGCCUACAUAAAGGACGAGCAGAAGAACAACACAAAGGAUAACGAGCCAAAUAUCAACUGCAGCACAAACGAUGCUGGCAAGGAUCUCAAGUGUCCAACAGCCCCAAAGAGCGUCUCCAAGCGGCGUCGCUACGAUCUGCGUAACUCCAAAUCGAAGCGGUCGCGUUGAGCACUCCCAAGUUUCCCGUCCAGGUGAAACCUUUUAAAGUAUUUUAUAAGAAACAAAUUGAAAAAAAAGCAAGCAAAAAUAAGAAAUGAAUAUCCACUAAAAUGUUUAAACUAAAGCAGUUAGGAUAAAAAUAAAACAAGUUUAACA